UUGGAUGACACUAUAUUUUCGUGAAAAGUUGGUUUUUAGCGAUUUAUAUACGGACGAUUUUGUCACGAAAGUUCUUAGUUACGAUUGUAGCUGACACAACAUGUACAAGAGUAUGAGGUCUACCAGUAGUGACUGCCACAGAUGGAUGAGUUGGAUCGUCUAUGCUCGUAUAGUAAGCUUCAGUUUCCCGUGAGCCUAAUGGAUUGUGCAACACUCCAUCUCGCUCUAUGGCGUGUGAUGCAACCUCAGUGUAGAUUCCAUACAAGUCAUUGGAGUCGUAGUGAUGAA